GCCCCGUUUGUGUUGUGUUGUGUUGUGUCGUGUCACUAAAGCAUGUCGUGGCAGGAAGUCAAUGAUACUCGCUUGGUUUGUCUUUCGCUACAGUCUUCUUAGCUCAAGCUCUCAUGCUGAACUGAAAUCAUGGUAACUUUUCAGAGAGGGAAACCAAAUAGGAAAACUCCCUGUUAGUCGGAAGACAGUAGUCAAUCAGAAGAAGGCUGUCAGCUCCAAAGCCGCCUAAAGCUUCGUACGUUUUGACGAUGCACAUUUGCAUUUUUUUUUUAAUCACAACGACGGGCUUGACCUGGUUUAAAUGAAACUUCAUGUCACGGUGGGCGAGGUAUGUAAAAUACUUCAGCGCUUAGGGUAUUGUUUUUGAGAGAUUUGGUAAGCAGUAGACCCUUAACAUAGUGCAUAGUCCUGUGGGGUGCCAUCAGUCUCGAAACUGGAUUCAGGAAUGGCCCCAAAGAACAGCCUUGUUUUCCCAACUGAGUUAGACUCAUCUGAAGCGGGUGACUGUAUUUAAUGCAUAUUUCUGUUCUACCUACAAAACAAAUAUCCGCCACGAUAGGAGACGAUCUGUUCUCAUACAACAAGAAAGUAUGUCUCAAAUUGAAUAUAUAAGACAGGCAAACCACGCAGCGUGUUCUUGCUUAGAUUUGAUAUUCAACAAAUUUGCAUUUUACGUGCAGAAAACAUUAUUUAAAGCGACAUCUGCACAUCAUUUACAAUUUUCUGCACUAUUGAACGCCAUCGUACCAAUAGGGAUCGAGGGUCGUCAAUAAGAUUAGUUAUUUAUUUGUAAAGAUAUCAAUGCUCUGGGAAAGAAAAACAUCUAGCUAUACUGGAGAGGAAAGUAUGGAAAGGGCUUGUGUCUUCGCAGUUACCAUUCUCACCAUUUUGAACACUAUGAUGGCUUGUUGCGAGGGUAACUUUACCCAAGUGGAUUCUAAUUCAAGCUGCGUGCAGGCAUUUCCUCCAGUUGACGGUUCUGUGAGAGAAGCUUAUUGCAUAUUUUACGAGUAUAAAGGCGAAUUAUGUAAAAACAUAACUACAAGUCGAUACCUUUAUGGCGACCAAUCCACGCUGGAUUAUAGUGAAAAGGAAACUAGCAACGCGAACAGUUUUUUCGAAUUGAUCCCUCCGGUGUGCAGGUCCACAUUAAGAGAAUUGUACUGCCGCUAUCAAUUCCCACAGUGCGAUGAAUCACUGGGGCAGCCUAAAAAACGUCGGAUUUGUCGCAGCUCAUGCGAAUAUUUGGACCAAAAGGUUUGUAAAAGAGAAAUGGAUCUAAUCAGGGAUGCAUCGGUAUUUGACGAGGACAUGACCAAUUGCUCAAGCUCUAAGUAUGUUGAUGCAAAUGGUGGCGAUGCUCCUGAGUGCUAUCAAUGGCGUGAUCUUCCUGGUGAUGACACUGAGAGUACAGAUUGUUACUAUGGCGUGGGAGUUGGUUACCGUGGCAGUGUGAACGUCACCCGAUCUGGUCGUUCAUGUCAGUCUUGGAAAUCCCAGUGUCCUCAUCGUCAUUGGCGGACUCCUAACGAUGUCACUGAUUCCAAAGAUGACUCAAACAUGUGUCGUAACCCGGACAGCAGUGCGCCGGAUGGACCGUGGUGUUAUACUACUGACACAAAUGUUCGAUGGGAAUAUUGCAACGUAUCUCGAUGUCCUCCAAGAGAAUUACCACCACCACCGAAACGCCUCACGGUAAAUAAUGUUCAGAGAAGGUAUCUUAUUUUGACUUGGGAUGAGCCAGAAAAUGCCAGCUUUCACCAAAUAGUAAGCUACACCGUAGAGUGGAGGAGAAAAACAAUGGAAAACUUUACAGUAUUGAAGACGAUUCCGUACCCUGAGACCAAAAUGAUUAUGGAGAACUUGGAACCCUCCACAGAAUACACCAUCAGAUUAUCAAGCAACAAUAUGUAUGGAAGAUCAGAGGGUGUUCUGGUAACAGAGAAGACACUACCGAACAAAUUUAUCGUGAAAUUAAUGCUGAAAAUAGUGUUGCCACUAAGCUUAGCAUCUUUAUUAGUUGUGGUCAUUUGUGUCAAGUACGGAGCUAUUAGAAAUUUAAAUCGAGGCAGAGUGCACAUUGAGCCGCAGACACCGCUCACCACUCUUUGCAACUGGGUCGAGAUUCCCAGAACAGAUGUUACACUAAAAGAGAAGCUGGGGGAAGGUGUAUAUGGGGAAGUGUACAAAGGCUUAGUGCGCGUAGGCGGACAAGUCAGGGCAUGUGCAGUAAAGAGAAUUAAAGAGAAUGCUGGAGAGAAAGACAGGAAGGACUUACUCAACGAGCUUCAAAUCAUGGUUACAGUUGGUGAACAUCCUAAUAUCAUAAGUCUCAUUGGAGCUUGCACAAAGACUGAUUCGAUAUUGGUUAUUGUUCGCCUGGCUCCGAAUGGCUGCUUGUUGGACCAACUAAAGAAGAACAGAGGAAAUCCAUACGAAAAUGAAAUGGAAAUGCAAGUCGGAUUCACGCGUGUGGACAAAGUAAAGAUCGCAAGAGACGUGGCCUGUGGAAUGUUUCAUCUCGCCAGCAAAAAGUGUGUUCAUCGCGACCUUGCGGCAAGAAAUGUGCUUCUUGGCGAGAGGAAUGUUGCUAUGGUUUCCGACUUUGGCAUGUCACGUGAUGUGUACGAAAGUGGUGAAUAUGAGACUCUUUGCAAGGAAAUGUUACCAGUUCGUUGGAUGGCUCUUGAGUCAUUGGAGGAUUUUGUGUUUACUACAAAGACAGACGUGUGGUCGUUUGGAGUUCUAUUAUGGGAGAUCGAAUCUGGAGGUAAAAUGCCAUAUACCGGUCUUUUAGCCAAGGGAAUUAUCGAAUAUUUGAAGAAGAGAAAAAUAUUAUCAAGGCCAGAAGGAUGCCCGAAUGAAAUUUAUGAUUUAAUGAAAUCUUGCUGGAAACUGGAUCCGGGGAAACGUCCUUCAUUUGCAGAUGUUUUGGCUUGCCUUGAGAAAGAACUUACUAAAAACAGAGAGGAUCACUGCAUAAAAUGUUCUGUAUAAGGAAUUUUCCUUGGUGCGUAUACAGUCAGUAUACAUAACUGUAUACGGUAGAUGUAAGGAGGUGUAAGGUCCGUAUAAUGAUCAAUACACGUCAGGGUAUGCUAAGAAAAUACCACAACCGUAUACACAAGUGGUAUGAUUCAUUAUAACUCAGUAUUCAUGCCAUUAUACAUCAUGAAUACUGUGUGUGACAUGUGAUAUACUGGUAUGUGUACUUGGCAGAUAUACGAGUUCAUAUAUUUCAUGUUGAAUUCCUUAUAGCUUAGGGUACAAAGCAGCAUAAUUAUGUACACUGUGAAAUUAAGAGUUGAUUUGGCCCCAAAAAAUGGGGUCGAAAUGACUGAGUCUAGUUUGGUACUGGCUUGGGGUCAAUUCGGCCCUAUUGAGAUGGGCCGGGCUGUUUUUGGCACUAAUUUUUGGUGCUUAAUUGACUCAAUUGUAAGGGCCAAAUUGGACAAUGUGAAGGGCAAAUUUGAAAAAUACUGGGCCACAUUGGAAUUUAAGGGACCAAAACGGCGCCCAAAAUUUCAGGUCUCUCACAAAUGGCCCCUUUAAAAAUAGCCAAUUCAGCUCCAAUAUGAGUCCAGUUCAGAAGUAGAGGGCUCUUUCCUCUGCACACUGAUUUCCCUCCCGUUCAGUCAUAUAAUGAAACUACACUGCAUACUUCAUCUUUCAAGCACUAACUUAUUUAGUUCUAGGUAUUGUUACUGUUAGAACAUUUUACAGACCAUGAUUUUAAAGUUAAGAAGAAUCUUAAUAGAUUAUGGUAUAAAUAGACAAACAUCAUUUGAAAGAAUAAGACAAUAAAUAUAUACAUUUCUAAUAUUAA